AUGAAUCUGGAAAAGUUAAGCGAGCUAUUGUGCUUUCAAUGUGGAAAGCUUUAUGAAUCCAUCACAAAACCUGAUGACGAAGCGAUUCUUGUCCCUGUUCUCGGUGCCUGCCUACACUCGAUUUGCAUUUUAUGCGCAACUGGUCUAGAAUCACCAAAUUCUUGUCCAAUUUGUGAAAACCCAGAAGCUUUUGGGAAUAUCAUCAGCAAUUGUACAGCUUUGAACACAAAGCGCCGAGUUUUGUGGAAGCUGUCAAACUAGAAGAGCAAAUUAUUCAAGACUAUGAUGAACCACCUCCGAACCUUGCCCCAGCUCCUUCGAUUCCACGUUUUGCAGCUGUUCCCGUGUUUCCUCGUUCUAGAAUUCCGGCUACUUAUCCAUAUCGAAGAUUUGAGCCUUUCGAGCACACUUCAGAACACGGAUAUUCAUCAGUUGAACGAUAUAAUGAAGAAGUUGCAACUCGAUUUCUACUUGGAAAUGGACUUCCACUAACUUCAAUUGAAGAUCAUGAUUUGAGAACAUUUCUGACAACUUUAAAUCCAAGUAGAUCACUUCCAGAGCCAAGUAAUAUGACUACAAAAGCAUAUGGAGAAUAUAGACCGUCACUGUCAUAUCAAAAAUCAAUUGGACCACUAAAUGUGACUAUUGAGGCGAUUCGGAAAAAUGAAAUUUUCCUUUCUAUUUCCGUUCAUUAUUACGAUUCACUUGGAGAACGGCAUAAUACUGUUCAUUUUGAGAAGAUUAUUCUGGCAGAUUAUGAAGGAAAAGUGGUGGCAGAUCGAUUGCGACGGGUUAUUGAUGCGAAUAAAUCGAUGAAUUUUGGAAUUUCGAAUAUUCUUUCUCCAAAUCUUCGAAUGUUGACUUUAGUAGCUGAAAAUAUGCCUUUUAAGAAUAGAUUCAUCUGCUUCUUCUCAUAUCUCAGCAACAUCGCCCGUGAAGUCAUUCAAUUUCCAGAAUUCUUGAGCUCUCUGAAAUUGCUCAGAGAAUACGUUGGAGCUCUUCGCAAGCAUCCAGAAGUUUACACAAAGUUCAGAAAAAUGCUAAUAGAAUCAAAAAUCACCACGGAUAUUCCUGCUCUUGACGUUGAAUCCGAUUGGCUUUCAACUCUUCAAUUCCUCUCAACAUGUGGUCUUUUAAAUGAGACUUUUUCAAAUCUACACGAAAAUUGGUGUAUGCCAAAGUAUUUGGAUGCUGUUCAAGAGAAUUCGAUGGCUUUUCUCUUAGAUUUCUUGUUGGUGCUCUGCAACGUGGCAACUCAGAUCUGCUCGGAGGAUAGUUCAGUGUCACAAGUGCUAUAUUCAAUGUCAAUUGUGAAUAAUGCAAUUGAAAACUGUGGAAUUGUGGAGGCGAGAGAGAAAAUGCGAUCUACGUUCAGCAAAUAUUAUUCAUCGAUUUCAAACGGAAAAAUUGGAGAUUUUUAUUCAAUUUCUGCACUUUUAGAUCCCAGAUAUGGCUAUUCACCAAUGAUUUUCUCAGAAGAAGAUUGGGAAAAUGUUGAGGGAAAGCUAUUAAAAGAGAUGAGUACAACACAUCAAAAGAAUCUUAUUGUUCGAAAAGAAUUACAACGAUACAGAGAACUUUUAGUUAAUCGGCCAUUAUUUGAUGAAUCAAAUACUCCAGGAAUGUGGUGGAAUGAUUUACAAGAAGAAUUAUCAUUUAUGUAUAAAAAAUGGUUUGAAUAUUCCGGACUUCCAGCUGUAUCGAUUGAUGGAAAACGAUUUUUUGCAAAAGGGGGAAAACUGGCUCAUUUGUUUGCUACACUUGAUGAGGAAUUGCAUUUUAAGGCAAUGCUUUUGGCACAGAGUUCUCAGGAUUUUGUUGGCCGUGGAAGAGCAAGUGUUCUGGUUUUCAAUCAAAUAACCGACGGAGCAAGUACAUUCAGACGGCUUGAAAAUGAAGAUUCAGUGAAAAUGGAAGUUGACGACAAUGAUGAAGAAACGGAACGAUCAAUUCCAGUAGAGAAUAUUAAACUAGAACUCGUUGAGCAACCACCAUCUGCUCCUGAAACCACUCAUGAUCCUGUACUUCAAGAGAUAAAAGCAGAGGAACCCGAUGAUUUCACUGCAUAA